GCCAUUCAUCCAUAUGUCAUUCGUUCGAGUUUCAUUCGAAUAAUUGCCCACAAGCGCAACUAUACUCCAAAACGCCACCGACCACACAGCAAUCAACAUCUCGUGGAGUUGUUUAUACAUUAAAUACAUCGGUCGAGAUGGGGGAACUUAAUGAAAUUUUGGAAAUGACUCGAGAUAAGUCAACACAAAAAGAACAAGACGAGAUUCUACUGCAGCCCUUUACGUAUAUCCAACAAAUUCCAGGAAAACAGUUCCGUUCACAGCUAUCGGUGGCCUUUAACUAUUGGUUAAAUAUACCCAAAGAGAAACUCUCACAAAUAGGAGAAAUUGUGCAGAUGCUACACAAUUCCAGUCUACUGCUGAAACCACAAACACCUUCACGUGAUAUUUUCAUCUUAAGAGGUGUUCCGGUUGCUCAUUCCAUAUACGGUGUACCCAGUACCAUAAAUGCAGCCAAUUAUGUAUUGUUUUUAGCUUUGGAAAAAGUACAACAGCUGGGACAUCCCGAGGCUACCAAGGUGUAUACGGAACAGUUGCUAGAAUUGCAUCGAGGUCAGGGUAUGGAAAUCUAUUGGCGUGAUAGUUUUACUUGUCCCUCGGAACAGGAGUACAAACUUAUGACUGUGAGAAAAACCGGUGGUCUGUUCAUGCUAGCCAUACGUUUGAUGCAAUUGUUUAGUAACAAUAAGGAGGAUUUUACCAAGCUCACAGCUAUUUUAGGACUAUAUUUUCAAAUACGUGAUGAUUACUGCAAUCUCAGCCUGAAAGAGUACACUGAAAAUAAAAGUUUUGCCGAAGAUUUGACGGAAGGCAAAUUUGGCUUCCCUGUUAUACAUGCCGUGCAAACGCAAAAGCAUGAUAAGCAAGUGCUACAUAUUUUACGCCAGCGUACACAAGAUGUUGAAGUUAAGAAAUAUUGCAUAACUUUGUUGGAAAAACUAGGCAGUUUUCGUUAUACUAGAAAUGUUUUGGAAUCUCUUGACGAAGAAGCAAGAGCAGAAGUUAAACGUCUAGGUGGCAAUCCUCACAUGGAUAUCUUACUUGAUAAGUUAUUAUCGUGGAAAAAUUCAGAUUUAAAUAGCCUACCCUCCUCUUCCUCCAGUGAGAGUAAAUCGUCAACGUGUAAUUAACAACCAAAGAGGCAAAGAAGGCUAGAAUACAAUUUACCUUCUUUUGCAGCCACUUAGUUUUACAGUUAUAUGUGGCUGGCAGUGGCUGCAGCUACUGCCCUCACCAUAAAAACCCAUACGCCUUAUUUUUACAAAUGCACCUUAAAAGUUUACAGAAGGUUAUGGUUAUACAUGCAUAUAACUCGUGUUAAAUAGAAAAACAAAUGUUCGAUGAAAAUUAUGUAUGUAUAUGUGUAAUGGUUCCAUACUCGAGUACCAUCGCUAAGUGUUGUAUGUCUGAUUGUUUUUUUUUAAUGUUUCAAUUUAAAAAAAAAAAAUGAAUGCCAUAAUGUUAUCACGGCACAUAGGAUAUUGGUUGUCCUAAUAUAAAUAUACAAAUCCCUUUGUCCCUUACCCUUGAGAAGCUUCUAUACUUAAUUCAUUUGUUCCUUAUUAAAAAAAAUGUUAUUGAUCAUUGAAUUUAUGUGAAAUUUUAAAUCAACAUUGCAAAACAAAUUGAAUGCACCACCUUAAUAUUAUACACAUACAUAUAUACGAAGUAUGUAUUUUGAAUGUUUAUAAAAAAAAAGUAUUUUUUCUGCAUUUCUUUUUUGCAAAAUAAUAAUAAAAAAAAUUUAAAAUACAAGCACCACACUAUCUGUCUGUAAAUAAGAAAACCGAUUAAGGACUACAAAUGAACAUUUAGCAACAAAGCAAUACAAAAUAAAAGGAAAAAGAAAAGAAAACGUGCGUCAUUUAUUAUCCCGUCUUCUGUCGUUUUUAGCAUGGUGCAAUUAAGAGGUAGUGUCAUUAGCACUACAACAAAAAUCUACCCUCAACAAAACUACCUUGGGUGGCAAAUGCCGUUAAUUGAAAUGUCAAAGUAUUUUAGAAACAAACUUUGUUUUACAACUUAUCUUCUUCAAAUGUAUUUCAUAUUUGUAUUUUCAUCUUUAUAACACUGUUUUGUUGGUUAUGUGUGGAAUAUCGGACCAAAUAGAACAUCUUUUUAAGAUUUUAGUACAAAAUCACAGCUGUGUUAUAAAGCCUUUGACAUUUAGAUUUAUUACAAAAUCAAAACAAAAAUAAAAAAAAAUUUUACUCAGCUG